UGCUGUGGUGUUAAACGCUUCCUGUUUAGCACCAUGGGGCCAUGACGAUGAACCUCGCUGCCGUAACUGUUGGUCAUUGGUGACGCACGCAUGCUUGUAUUUUGCUGGAACGACCCUGUGGCUUGUAUGAGGAUACAGUUACCUCUCUCUCCUGAUAUAUGGAUAUUAUAGGUACUUGUACCGUCGCCGUUGACGGCCACGCACAUUGGCACGUCAGUCGUCACCAACCUUGAUGCCAAAAUUCUGCCAGCACUGACCAAGAUGUCUAGCCCGGUGCAGCUUCUAUUGCAUAAAGUAAAUAGUGGGAUGGUUGUUCGCGAUGGAGACCGCUCGCGCAGAGGACAAGCUUCUGCAAGCGACCGAGCGCUGGACAGCCUUCCAACAGAUGUUCUGGAGCAAGUUUACCAUUUUCUCGACGCUCGUAGCAUAGCAGCCCUUUGUUGCACUUGCAAGGUGUUGCGAAACGCAUCCCAAGCUCCUGGAGUCUGGUCCGCCUUGAUAUUUCGCUCGUUUCCGCAAGAGGAGAUGCCUAGGGACUUAAGUUUCUUACGCGACCAAAGCAUGCCCGAGCUCCGUGCUCAAUUUCGGCGGCUAUCGUUACAGAGGCCAGCAUUCCUCUCCGAUGCGCCGCGUACAUCAGAGCCCGUGGAACACGCAGGGUCGCGCUUCCAAAAGGUCCUGCAUAUCGACGGCCGCCGAGACCUCUCCUUCACCACCGUCUUCCGCCGCGUGCAGCCCGGACAGUACAACGUGUUGAUGCGCGUGAUGCUGCAGCCCGGCUACGUGCGCGGCUACUGCAACAUUCGAACCGUGUUCAGCAAACCCACAAACCCAAACACGCUCCCGAAAAAGACCCGCAAGCAAUCAGGGGCCCCACUCGGUGGUGUCACGGGCCCCCAGCCAACGAGCCCCGACAGCAGCAGCAGCAGCAGGCACCACAACGCCGCGGCUGGGAGGAGGCUGAAUGGCAGGAUGCCUGUGCCGCCGCUGCAGCCAACGGCACCACAAUCAACAGCAGCAGCAGUAGCACCACGGGUAAGGACGUCGCGCUGGCUGCCGUCCUGCAUGUUGCGACGGGCGUCAAGCACCUCGGUACUCCCACACUCUGGCGCCGCGUCCUUCUUGGAACCGGGAACGCAUGGAGGGCAGCAGCAGCACCACCAGCAGCAGCACCAGCAGCACGUCGAGACACACCCUGCGCGGCAUCAUGAACAAACCGCCUACCCACAGCCGCCCGCAGCACCACCAGCAGCACCAGCAGCAGCAGCUGCGGUUCGCACGGUGUCGGUCGGCGGUGGCAGCUCGCAGGUGCAGCACCUCCGCGAGGGCUUGCGUGCCGGUCAGGGACAGCAGCAGCCACCGCCGGCACCCGCCCCGCAUGCCGAAGAAAUUGAACCCCUGGCGCCCCAGCCCCACCCGCCUCAGGCCUCGCCCGAACCCUCCCAAGCCACCUCCUUCUCCAACUCCUCCGCAGCAGCAGCAGCCACACCGCUAUCCGCCUCCUCCUCCGCACCCGCCGCACCCUCACCCCAGGAGCAGCCACAUGCCCAUCUCACCGAGGCCCUCGGGCAUCUCGCCUCCGCCUCCGCCAAGCGCCGCGACGCAGCCCUGGCCGGCGGUCCGCGCCACGUGCCGCCAUGGUUGGCUCCCAUGUACGGCAGCCUGGCGGGGUGUGCCUGGCGGCAGCUGGAUCCCGCGGGGCCGCUGGGACCGCCAGGCAGCUGGCGGACGUUGCAGCUGGGGAGGCUGUGCAUGCGGCGCGGCGCCGACGUGACGCUGCACUGCGUGAUGGCGCAGCUGGCGGCGGGGGAUGCGGCGGGGCAGGCGGCGGCGCUGCCGGCGGGGGAGGCGAGGUGGCGGGGGGCGCUGGUGGACUAUGUGGAGCUGGUGCCGGUACGGCAGCCUGGGCUGCUGGAGGGGCUGCUGCCUGGCUGCAUGACAUCUGCCGACAACUGCACCUCCCAACACCUGGCGCCGUCUGACGCGGCGGCGGAGGAUGUGGUGGUGUCGCUGCCCAGGCUGUGAUGAUGUACGGCGCCCACGCAGCCAAGUGCGGAAAUAUUCAACCUUUAUGAAUGCUUAUACUGGAAGAAUAAAGUGCAAAGAAGAUAAAAGAAGAAGUGCUGAAGCUGUAUGCCAUGUUUUGUUAUACAACGAUGAACCCUGUGGUUGCCUUCCUUUUGCGCAGGCCCUGCACUGGCAACCCAUUUUUAUAAUUCGGAUUCCCAGGAAUAUCCGACCGAACUUUACCUGUGCGCUUCCGAUGCGCGCGUGUUUUCAACAUCGGUGGCUAGACCCGCUGUCAAAAGGGUUUGCCAUGACCCUUGAGUGGAGGGUGUCUGAUGCGGCAUACCUGCGCCGGAGAGCACUGCUGACUGGAUGGUGUGUAGGUGUGUAGCUCACCGCGGGCAGCAACUGUUACCCGGCAUUGCCGGAUCAGCCAAUGGACUUCUCCGCCACAUCCGCCACGCUUAGGCGGCCGCUCCAUGUACAGCUAGGGUUUCACCGGCUACUCGUGUCCCGUGUCUUCUGCUACGACCUACGACCUACGAGGUUUAGGUAGUGCUAUGACGCCUGACCCAGAUGCUAAAAGAGGCAUUUUUACUCGAGGCGAGAUCAGUGCUGUCAACGGGACAGCUAGGAGAUAUCCCAAUCGGUUCCAACAACAGUACAACGGUACGACACCAUGCAAAGGGGCGUGGCCGACUUCCCUGUCCAACACGGGUGUGGAGCCCAUAGCCCCUACCAGUCGACGCUUGAGUUGCGUUUGCAGCAACCAUAGGGUGUCCGUGACGCCCUCGGAAACAGCGUACGGAGAUUGCAUCAGGCGACAGGACAAUGACGGUUACUACCAAAACGUUACAUGUGACCUGGCAUUCAACUUAAAGUACACAAGUGCGGGAAAAAACGAACAUGGAGGAUAGAAGAGAAAAAUAUUUCGCGAUAAAGGCGCCCCGUACAUUUGCUUUGGUAAUUGCGUCACCGAGGCACUUCCUAACUAUACCACUGUGAAAGGCGUUUAAAUUGAAAGGCAUGCGAGUUGACCUUUACUAUUUUACAUCUUGGUGAAGCAAGCUGCCCAGCUGACGACAGCUAUCCCUUUUGGAAGCGGUACUAUUGCGCUCAGGAAAUGGAGCCAGAGCCCAUCGUGUUGUUGGACCACACGUUGUUGGAGAGAUUUCGACGGACCAAUUCUCUUCCCGGCGACGACGUGCCCCAGCGUGCGGAAGCAUUGAAACUUCUAUCCCUCCGCCCCCCAAAAGACGGCUUAGCUGUCAUACUCGACGCAGAGGGUGGUGGCCGCAACCUGCUGGUUGUUCUUAAGUUUGAAGAGCGACUUCGGUUGGUGACCUUGAUCUACAUCAUCGUCCUAGUGGCGGCUCAGAUGCUUCUGGCCAAGCAGCCGCUCGACCUGAUCAGCAUCUUCACCUUGUACCAAUUCUUCCCGGCUCUGUACAAUAGACAAUCGGACAUGCUUCGCAUCCUAAGGUCCUGGUGCUGGCCUUGGUGCUGGCGCUCGCCGUUGUUUGCCAUCCCGCUGUUCAUCAACAUAAUGGUUAUACCUACCUCCAUCUCCAUGCUAGUCACUCGGCUCCAGGGCCACCGGCUGUGGUGACUUCCAGUUCAUUUGCACCAAUUGCCGUCUGCGCGGAGUUAACUAUGGUGCGGUUUGGUAGGGCUUCGGUGGCACUUUUUCGGGGAGCUGAAGCAGGCUUAAGGGUCUACUGCUGGUGGUUCCGCGGGUUCGCAGCCGGUGUGUAUUGCUGACUGGUUGUACAUAGGAUUUCUGGGACAGGGCAUUUCCGUACAGGACAUUCCCGCUUAUGCCAGGCUAGCCCGAAGUGUGUUUGUUACCUAGUCAUGAGGCUUUGCAUAAGGUUUGCUGCCGUGUGCUACAAGUGUUACGGUGUACAAUGUGUAGUUGCGCCUAACUUCGGCAGUGCUGUGUGUAUGCUAACAUUGCUAAGUGUCUGGCAGGUGUUUUGUCGAGUGGGAUCUGGCCGUGUUGGCAGACGGAGCGCUAGGAUGACGUCCGCUGGUAACCCAGCUGCAUGUGUGAAUUUAGGGAACAUGUAGGGAGUUACAGAGCGGCUCGGUAUGUGCGGGUGUACGGGU